AUGGGCGCGUCCGCGCAUCUAAACCCGUGCGCGGACGCGGGAGGCGCGGGUGGUGCGGGAACAGCAUGGCGGCAAGGGGGAGGAGGCAGCGUGAGUGGGAGUGGUAGCAAGGCGGGGGGUUAUGGGCCGCUGAGGAGGCUUUCUGACUGGUUUAAGUCGCUGGUAGGAUCCGGGACAGAUGCUGCUAUGGAAGAGGAGGACGAGAGACGCAUGGCUAGGGCGAGGAUAGGCAACAGGGAAGCAGCGGGCAGCAGAGCAGGUGCACGAGCAGGGGGGAGCGCAGGAGCAGGGGCAGGGGGAGCGGAAAGGGUAGAAAGGGCAGGAAACGGAGACUCUGAGAACCCCGAUGAUUCCUCUUCUACUUCUGCUUCCUCCGUGCCAUGGUUCCCGCCAAUCCCCUCCUAUAUGAGCACGCCGCCUAUAGUCAUCUUUGCAGCGCCAGAGCCUUUCUCCACGGAACCCAGGGAUCCCCAGCUGAUCGCCCUGCGCUCCUGGCUUCACCUGGCGCCAGCUGUGCGCGUUGUCCUAUUAGGCUGCGACGACAGCCUGGUGCGGGCUGCAGUACAGCUCAGUGCCGCGCUGCCGGGGGCAUACCGGCAGGGGGGGUUUGCGCCAGUGGCGGCGGAUCUAGAGGUGGAGUGUAACCUGUUUGGCGUGCCGCUGCUAGGGUCGGUGCUGCAUAGAAUGGCUGGGAAAGGCUCGGGGGGCGCAACGGCGGGGGAUUUAACCGAGGAGGAGAGGGCGUGGGUGCGGGUGCAGGGGAGGGUGCGGCAGCGGGUGAGAGGCGGGGGGGUGUUGCAGACGCGAGGGGCGAGUAGCUGGUGGGCGUGGGGGGGAGGCGCGGCUGCGUUACGCUGGUUCGCGUCCUCUCCCCGCCCUGUUCCGCCUCUUGCGUUUGGGCACGGGACGCUGUUUGAUGCUUGGAUCACGGCGCGCAUGGUGGCGGUUGGCAGGGGCGUUGCUGCUGCAGCAGUGGCGGCAGCAGCGCAACGGGCUGCUACAGCCACCGGUGGUAGUAGUGGUAGUGGUGAUUCAGGUGCUGGUGGUGCUGCUGGGGUUGAUGGGGCGGCGUUUGCAGGGUUAUCCCUCGCCGCAUGCUUUGUAGACAAUCCAAGCCCCGUUGGCUCUGCUGCCGGUGCUGCCAGCCUCCACCCUUCCCUCUCACUCAACCCACACGUGCCCUCCAAUGCUCACUCACGCUCCACGCUCACAUCAUCAACCCUCUCCUUCUCUGCUACAGCAGCAGCCGCUGCUGCUUCAGCAGCAGCAGCAGCCGCCGCCUAUGCUGCCUCGUGCCCGCCUCCUUUUGUCGACGCGAGCGACGUCGUCACGUGCUUCCACCUGGCGUCGCGGGAUUGGGUGCGGCGGGUGCUGCCUAAGGGCCGGCCGUGGAGCACGGGGGCAGUGCAGGGGGGGAGGAAGAGGAGGACAGCACAAAUGGGCCGAUGGGAGCCUGCAGCUAAUGAGUUUCUACUAGCCACUGCUGGGUGCUUCGGAAACGGGACCUGUGCAGGGGAUGGCAUGGGGGGGGUGGUAGGUGCAGGGGCGCUGGUGGGGAGAGGGAAGGGGGCGAGGGGGAGAAGGGGGGGGUUGAGUGCAGGGGAAGAGGAGGCGGCGGGUGUGGCGAUGUGGCUGGGGGGGGAUGGGAGGGAGCUGGCGAGGAAGAAUGGCACGGCACAUCAUGGCACGUGGUCUCUCAUGGCGUGUGCUGAUUCCAGUGCCAACCACGUGUGUCUGAAGCCGCGCAUCCGUCCGGCCAUCUGCGCGUGUGACCUCGCACCUUUCACGCCCGCCUCCCAGGGCGACGCUGUCCUAAACAAUCACAACCGCUGGAUCUGCGCCUCCCCCGACGACCCCUCCUCACCCAUCUCCCCCUCCCACGCACCGCACCCAACCGCUCUCAUCGACCCUGCCGCCGCCAAAGCAGCCGCCGCAGCCCCGGCAAACGACCGCGCUGCUGCGUCGCUGCUCAAGCAAACCCCUGUAAUACCCAUGGAAGAUGUGUUACCGCUCGUGGCCCUGCGGGAACCGGGCGGAGUGAAAGUCGUUGUGCUUGUCGCGGUGACCUUUGGCUACGCACACAUGCUCAUGAAUUUCUACUGUAACCUCCGUCGACUCGGCUUGGGGAACCGGCUUGUAGUGGCAGCCCUUGAUGCCGAUCUCUACCGGUUUGCCUUCUCCCAGGGCCUUCCGGUGUAUUAUGAAGGACCGGCAGCGGGAGGGGCUGGGGGCGGCAGCGCAGGGGGGUUCACGAAGCUUAAGUCGCGAGCGGUGCUGCGUGCGCUGCGAGCGGGGUACUCGGUGUUAUGGACCGACGUGGAUAUCGUCUGGUUUUCCGAUCCUCUCCGGGACCUGCUCAGGUUCGGGCCCGGGACGCUGCCGAUCCAGAGCAACGAGCCGGACGCGGCGCGGCCUCCGCACGGGAAGAGGAGGAUCAAUUCCGGGUUUUACUUUGGGAGGAGUGACGAGGCGACAAUUGCUGCGUUUGAGGCGAUAGUGGCAGCAGCAGCUAAGACGGAGUUGUCAGAACAGCCGAGUUUCUAUGAUGUGCUGUGUGGGGAGAAAGGGCAGAAGAAGGUUCGGGGCAAGGCGCAGUGCUUGUGGAAGGGUAUCAGUGUGACGAGCGCGGGUGGCAAGCAGAAGACAACACCGGUCGCCGUCCGCACGAUCUUUCUCGACAGGAAAAAGUAUCCCAACGGGGCCGUGCACGGGUUUUGGGACGCGGCGAACGUGAGCGAGGCGUGCCGAGAGGCGGGGUGCGUGAUUCUGCACAACAACUGGAUCAGCGGGAGGGGCAGCAAGGAGAGGCGGCUGGCGCGGCAUGGGUUCUGGCAGUAUGAUAUUGAUGGGAGGAAGUGUUUGGACCAGCCGCUGAGUGAAGAGCAGCUUGUGGCAGAAGAGGAGGCGAGAGCGGCAGGGAGUGCGAUUGACAAGGGGAAGAAAGGAAGGCGAUGA